UUUUGCAUUGGUUAAUUUGAAGCUUUGUAUUGGUUAGCUUUAGCUAGCUAGUGGGGUGGUGUUAGUGCCAUGGGGAGGCAACCUUGCUGUGACAAACUUGGGGUGAAGAAAGGUCCAUGGACUGCUGAGGAAGACAAGAAACUCAUCAACUUCAUUCUCACCAAUGGCCAGUGUUGUUGGCGUGCGGUGCCCAAGCUUGCUGGCCUUCGCCGCUGUGGUAAAAGUUGUCGUCUUCGUUGGACUAAUUAUCUUCGCCCUGACUUGAAGAGAGGGCUCCUCACAGAGGCUGAAGAACAGCUUGUUAUUGAUCUCCAUGCCCGUCUUGGCAACAGGUGGUCCAAGAUUGCUGCUAGGUUGCCUGGAAGGACAGACAACGAGAUUAAAAAUCACUGGAACACCCACGUCAAGAAAAAACUCCUUAAGAUGGGUAUUGAUCCUGUUACUCAUGAACCCGUUAACAAACAAGGCACAUCAGAGCAUUUGUCACAAGUUGAUAGCAUCCAUCAGGUUAAGGAAAAUGAUGGGGUUCUCAAUUCAGAAGUCAAUUCAAGCACUGAAAAUUCUUCAGGGGAAGAAUCCCUUUUGCUGGAUAGCAUUUGCAGCGAUGAAUCUCUAAUGAACAGUCUGUGGCAGGAUGAAACUCCUCUGAUGGACAUAUUAUGGGACACUGCACCUGAAUCAUAUAAUACAAAUAAUGGAAUGGGAUUGCCAAUAUGGGAGGACAAUUGUUCUUGGUUGUUGGAGUGCCAAGACUUUGGUAUUCAUGAUUUUGGUUUUAAUUGUUUCAGCGAGAUUGAGUCAACUGCAUCGCAAACUAUAGGAGUAGAGAGAAAAGGGCAUCAGGAUGGACUACAUUUGGUGAAGUGAGUUGUCCUUAAAAAAGAGAGUAAGCUAUCAAAUCUGCAUGCGACAA